UGUCAAUCUGGCCGGCCACUGACAAUAAUGUAAGAAGUGGGUAUUGCUCUACGCCCACAUGCCUAUUGAAUGCCGAUAAGAACAUAGUGGAUUUCUUGUUAAGCACCGCAUGUGCCGCGCACAGUCACCAUGAGUAUUUUAAGAAAAAGAUUAUAUGAAUUCGAUGAUGCACUAAACGCUGAAGAAAUAGAUCUCAUUAAUCUCAAACGAUUAUGCUUCCAUGGAAUACCGGAUGAAGGAGGUUUGAGACCUCUAUGCUGGAAACUUUUAUUAAAUUAUCUACCUUCAACAAGAGCCAGUUGGUCAGAAACGCUUAUUCGUAAAAGAACGCUUUAUAAAACGUUUAUUGAGGAUCUCAUUGUCACGCCAGGUGAAGCAAAUAGUGAUGGAGAAAGAGUAGAUGUUACACUUCACGAUCAUCCGUUAAAUUUAAAUCCUGAUAGUAAGUGGCAAACCUACUUUAAGGAUAAUGAAGUUCUUCUACAAAUAGACAAAGAUGUUAGGAGAUUAUGUCCAGAUAUAUCGUUCUUCCAACAAGGCACCGAUUAUCCACGUAAAGAGAUUGUAAAUGCUAAUGGACAGAGACGUUUACAUCAUAGAGUGCAACAUACAGUUUUAAGAAGUGCAAAUGUAGAGAGAAAGGGACUGGGUAUCACUAAGAUAGCAGUAUCUAUUAGAAAAGCUACAGAAGAUUAUGCACCACUAGCGGAAGGUGGUGAAGCUCAUUGGGAAGUUUUAGAAAGGAUACUCUUUCUGUAUGCCAAAUUAAAUCCAGGACAAGGAUAUGUACAGGGUAUGAAUGAAAUUGUUGGACCUAUAUAUCACGCAUUUGCUUGUGACCCUGACCAAAACUGGAGAGAACAUGCAGAAGCAGAUACAUUUUUUUGCUUCACCAAUCUGAUGAGUGAGAUCCGUGACUUUUUUAUAAAAUCACUGGAUGAAGCUGAGUUUGGAAUAAAUUCGAUGAUGGGUAAGCUCACAACUCAAGUCAAAGUUAAUGAUCCUGAAGUUUGGAUGCGUUUGCAUCAACAAGAAUUAUGUCCACAAUACUAUAGCUUCAGAUGGCUAACGCUUCUUCUCUCACAAGAAUUUCCAUUACCCGAUGUCAUGAGAAUUUGGGAUUCUCUUUUUGCUGACGAGAAUAGAUUCAGUUUUUUGAUACAUAUUUGCUGUGCCAUGAUUUUACUCUUGAGGGACCAAUUACUUGCUGGAGACUUUGCUACAAAUGUUAAACUUUUACAAAAUUUUCCUUCGGUUGACAUCCAAAUAGUACUUUCUAAGGCAGCUGCAUUGGCAGGCAAAAGUCUGAACUCAUCGUAACGUGUAAUAGUGCUGUUUCGUAAAGAAUUGAAAGUAUAAACGAAUCGUUUGGAAUGGAGUGCUUAAACAUCCUUCAAAGGUAUAUAUUCCUAACGCUGUUAUAUCCUUUGUUUCUUCUUAUUUCUCUCAUUUUCUCAUUUCUACAAUGCAAAUUAUGAUCUUACACAUAGGCCUGAGCAUCCUUACGCGAACAACUUAUCAGAACUAAAAGAGUCGUUCUAAAUGGUUCGCAUAGAUAUAUACAUAUAUAGAUAUAACGUAAAUAUCGUAUUACGUGUAAGAAUCGUUGAAAAGUAAAAUGAUUUUAAACAACGUUUUAUACUCCCAAAAUAUAAAAAUUUUUCCAUUUGUAUGUAUCUGGGAGGGCGGGAUUGGUAGAAUCUGAAUUUGGCUCUCUGUUUCUUUAUUAAUCGAAAUAAAGAGACUCAUUUAACCCUUAACAAGAAAUGAAGUGAGUUGUAAACUCAAUGAUUCUUAUCGCAUUUCUGCAGAUAUAUUUAGUUAUUUGUUAUUGAUAAGAUUUACACUUAAGUAUUUUUUCUUUAUUUUUCUUCCUAGAAAAUUGAUUGCACUUUAGCAUGUUUAAAUUUACAUAAAUAAGUGAGUUUAAAUAUUUUAUGUAAAUUAAAUAUUAAAAAGAUGUUUCAUUUAAAAAUUUUAAGUUACAUUAUCGCCAUUAAUCUUAUUAUUAUUAUUUUUUUUUUGAUUGAAUGAUUCGAUUAAGAUAUAUACAUAUAAAUAGCAAUAAAAGAAAGGAGCAAGUUUACUUUUAAAAAGUAGACAUUUUGAAUAAAAAGUACUUUUGUUAAGGGUUAAGAAAAACAUAAUAACUGUGCUGUGAAUGAAAAAUUCAGCCAUCUAAUCUUUGUUAUGUCCAAAAAAAAAAAAAAAAAAAACGAAAAGAACAAAUGUUUGGAUAUUCAAAAAAGCAUUUAUUAGUAAGUUGAGAUUUCAUAAAAAUUUCUUAACGAAAAAAGUGUGAAAGGUAAUCUAGUAGUUAUUGAAUAAUUACAAGAGCGCAGAAAGAAAAUAAAAGAUGUGCGAAUGCGUCUGUAAUACUGGCUGAUUCGACAUACAUUUUGUAAUCAUUAAACACUAAUAUUAUUAUCGUUUGUACGCGCAAUAAUUACGUACUGUGUUUAAGUGAAAUAUUAUAUUUUGUAAUCUUAUUUUUGUAAUGACCUGCGUCGUUUGUUCUGCGUUUAUAAAAUAAAAAAAAUGUUAUAUUUGCAUAAA